AUGCUACGCUACGCUACGCUACGAAAUAUUGAGACUAUAAUCAUUAUAUCUAAUUAUAUCUUAGGCACAAAGCCAAAAGAAGGACUGGUAUUUAUUGUAUCAGGAAAUGUCAAAUCAAUUCCAAAAUCUUACCAAGAAAACUACAGGGACUUCUACAAGUUUUAUAUAUAUGCCUGCCUAGAAGGUACUGAAUGCUAUCUUUUAGCAAUGAUGUCUUAUGACAGAUACCUAGCUAUAUGCAAGCCACUUCAUUAUGCUACUCUCAUGAGUUGGAAGCUGAGUUUCAUCUUAGCAGCUGUGUCUUGGGCAGCUGGGUUGAUGGUGAGCACAACCUUAACUUUGAAUAUAUUAUGGUUAUCUUUUUGUGGUCCAAAUAAGAUUGAACAUUAUUUCUGUGAUGCUAUUUUUAACAUAAGAGAGAUCUCUUGUAGUGACACCUAUCUUGUUGAACUAUCUUCCUUUAUUUUUACCUAUAUAUUUACCCUGCCCCCAUUUAUUCUUAUCUUGGCCUCUUAUGUUUCCAUCAUUGUUUCUAUCCUGAGAAUGUCAUCAGUUACUGGAAGACAAAAAGCUUUCUCCACCUGUUCUUCUCAUCUCAUAGUGGUUUGCUUAUAUUAUGGAACAAUGAUGCUUGUCUAUCUUCUCCCCAGAACCAAAAAAUCAACAUAUGUAAAAAAAUUCUUCUCUCUUUUCCAUACAGCUUUGAGCCCAGUGAUUAACCCACUCAUAUACAGUCUUAGAAACAAGGAAGUAAAGGAUGCCUUGAGCAGUGGGUUCAAGAGAUUUAUAUUAUGUAUGACACAUCAUAAUCACAAGUAA